AUGGCCUUAGUAGAAUCAGCUGUAGACGUUGGCCGAAUAUCAAGUUUUUUGGAUCUGUCUUCAGAUUUUAUAACAAAUUUAGGGUCAAAAGAAGAAAUUACUCUUUUAUUGUCUGGAAUUCUUCAAAAAGCGAAUGAAUUCGAGGAAUUAAAGAAAUCUAAGGUUAUUCUAGAAGUAAAUUAUGAACAAGAAACACAUGCAGCAAAUAGAAGAUUACAAUCAAUUAAAAAUGAAUUAGAGACGAGUUUGGAAGAUAAUAAAUAUCUUAAGGAACAGAGUACUCUCUACAAGACGACAAGUGAAAAACUUGAAACAGAAAUUGCAGGAUUAAGAUCAAGUAAUACAGAUCUUAAAGAAUAUAUACACACUUUGGAAUCACGCAACCGUUUUUUGGAAAGUGAAAAAAGAGAAGUGGUUGAGGUUCUUGAGAGAAAAACUCAAGAAAUAUUACGUCAAGAAGAAGAAUAUCAAAACUUAACAGAAAGAUAUGGUAAAUUAAGGAAGGAGAUCAAUUCAAUAGAGAGCGAGAAUCAUGAGUUAAAAGAUAAGGAAAUUUCGUGGAAAUUUAAAGAACAAACUUCAUUGCAAGAAAUAGAGCUUUUGAAAAAGAAUAUUGAAUGGUUAAAUAGAGAAGUAGAAGACAAAACAAAUGAAUUUUCAGAAUAUCGCAAAGAUAAAUCAUCCCAAAUUUCUACUUUGCAAUUAGAAUUAGAAAAUACAGUUUCAGCUUCUACAAUACAUGAAAAUAAUGCAAAUACAUCUAAGAAGCAGCUUGAAAAAAUGUCUAAUAAACUAGAGGAAACAUUGUUUAAACUUAAAGAAUGUCAAGAUAAAAUUGUUGAGCAAGAAGAAUCUUUUAGAAAUGAAAUGGAUGUUCAACAUCGAUUAACAGAACUUUUAGAACAAAAUCUAAAGAAUUCUAGGCAACGUAUUACGGAGCUUGAAGAACAUUUAGAUGAAGAUUCUACUAAAGAAGGACAAGAGGCAUUAAAAUGGAUGAAUAUUGCAGAAAAAGAAAAAAAUCGUGCAGAUAGUAUGGAAUUACAACUUGAAGAAUUAGAAUUGAAGGCAGAGAAAUUGCAAGUGGAAUUAGUUGUUGCUAAGGAUCAAUUGUCACAAGGAAUUAGCAAUGAAAAUGCUCCACUAGGAAUUGGUUUAUUAUCUCCAUCAGCACAAGCUGCUAAUAAACUAGAAAAAUCAGGAAUGUCGUUAACAAAAUUAUAUUCUGAAUAUAUUUCACUAAAGGAGCAAUUAAAGAGCGAAAAAAAACAUAAUGAAAUAAUGCAAAACAACUUGAAUGAUCUUUUAUCUGAUCUUGAAACUCGCGCACCACAAAUUCAUGAACAACGUGAAGAAUUUUCACGAUUACAAGUAGAAAUAGCAGAUAUAAGUGGAAUGUUACAAGAAUCUAAUGAAUUGAAAGAAAAAAUUGAUAGAGAAAAUAAAAUACUAAAAAUUCAUAUUAAAGAUUUAGAGCAGGAAAAACUACUUUAUUUGCAGCAAACAAGAGAUUUAAGUAGACAAAUCCAAUGUCUUUUAUAUGAAAUGGAAAUUCAAAAUUAUACAGGAGUUAUAAUGACUGAAGAAGAAAAGUCUGUUAUAAAAAAAAUAUCAGAAUCUGAUAUUAUUGAGCCUACAGAUACACAUUUUUUAAUAUCAGAACGAUUAACCUUAUUUAAGGAUAUAAAGACCUUGCAAGAACAAAAUCAAAACUUAUUAAAAGUUAUAAGAGAACUUGGAACACGAAUGGAGAAAGAGGAAUUAGAAAAUCGUGAAAGAUUGGAAAAUUUGGAAAGUGCUGCAAUUACAGAAGCAAAUAACGUUAUUGAGGAUAUGAAAGAAGAAAUGAAAAAACUUAAAAUAAAAAUGGAUUCUUAUAUACGUGAAAGAGAUAUGUUUAGAAGAAUGUUAGUAUAUAAUGGUCAGACAGAUCCUCUUAGUUCAAGUGAUUUAGAAACAAAUGAAUCAGAUACUAUUUCAGCUAUUAAAAGUCAAAAUGCUUUACGUGAACUACAAAUUCAAUUUGAUCAAUAUAGAAAUGAAACUUCGAUCAAUAAUAAGACUCUUUCUCAGCAGCUACGUGAUGCUACUAAUCAUAAUUCUAAUUUACAAAUUCAAUUAGCAAAAAUGACAUCACAACUUGAAUUAUUUUCUGAAAGAUAUAAUAUGCUUAGUGAAAAUGCUGAUAUUCUUAAAAACGAAAGAGAUAAUAUUGGUUUAAGAAAUCAGCAAAUGCAAGAAACAUUAGCUAAACAAGAUUUAAAACUUUUACAUCUUUCUGAAGAAGUUGUUGAGUUUAAAUCUACUAUAGACAACCUUAGGACAGAGACAGCAAAUUUAAAAGCAGAAAAACAACUUUGGAAAAAUAUUGAAAUGCGUCUUACUUCAGAUAAUGAAAAUCUUACUUUAGAAAAAAACCGUUUAAAUAAAUUAUUAAGUGAUCUUCAAGCAAUAUUAAAUGAGAAAGAAAGGAUAGAUUCAGAAUCACGUAGAAGAUUAAUAGAACAAAAUGAAUUAAUAGAAAAAGAACUUCAACAAAUACGACAUAAAGCUACUGAAGAAAAUGAAGAAUAUAAAAAAUUAAUGAUACGAAAAGAGCAUGAAUUUUUAGAAUAUCAAUCAAAAAUUAAUAAUCUUACUACAAAAUAUUCUGAAACAUACGAAAAUCUACUUGUAGCACAGACUACCCAGCAAAACCUUCAAUCAAAAGUUGAUGAAUUAAGUAUUCUUCUUAAAUCUACAGAAGAAAAAUUGCUGGUUUAUCAGAAAAACACCACUGAAACAUUAGAAAAUGAAUCACUAUCUAAGGAACAACAGUUAGAAAUAGAAAUAAUGAAUUUAAGGAGUUCUUUAGAUAUAGCAAAAUCUGAAGCAGAACAAGCAAAAAAAUAUGCAGAUCAAAUGAAAUUAAUUAGCCAUGCAGCGGAAGAAACAUUACAAGAUAUGAAUAAUAUUCAUGAUGAAUAUAAGGCUGCAGUAGAAAAGUUAUUGUUUGAUAAAGAAAAUGAUAUAAAAGAAUUAACUCAAAAAAUAAAAAUUAUUUCUGAAGAAUUGGAAACCAGAAAAAUAGAAUUAUUGCAAUUUGAAACAUCUCAAAAUGAACAACGUGAAAAUUUUGAUAAUGAAAAAAAAGAGCUUAUAGCUAAAAUUGAGAAAUUGGAAGAAAUUGAAAAGCUUUCUAUCAAAGCCCAAAAUGAUUAUAAAGAAGAUUUACGAAAACAAUUUCAAAUAUCGCAAGAAGCUCGUUCAAGUUAUGAAAGAGAACUUGUUUCCCAUGCCGAAACUACAAAUAAUUUACAAUUAUUAAGACAAGAAAAUUCAGAUUUGAAAACAGAAAUAUUAACUUUAAAUAAAGAUAAUGAAUCAUUUAAAUUUCAGCUUUCUACUUCAGAAAAUAGUUGGAAAACAUUAAAGGAGAAUUACGAAAAAGAGUUGCAAGAUAUUAAGACUAGAUGUAAUGAACUUGUACAGCAAAAUAAUCUUUUACAUAAUCAAUUUGAAAAUAUAAGUCUUCAAGCUUUAAAGCUACAGAAAGUUGCUAAUCAAGAUGAUAUACAUGAUUUAAGUGAUACUGUAACGUGUGAUAAAUCUACAGAAGAUUUAAAAGAAAUAGUCAGGUUUUUAAGACGUGAAAAAGAGAUAGUAGAUUGUCAAUAUGAACUUAGUAUACAAGAAAAUAAACGUAUAAAACAUGAGCUUUCUAAAACACUAAAAUCACUCGAUGAUGUUAGAUUAACUCUAAAUUCUGAAAGACAACAAAAAAAUGAUCUAAUUAAUUCUACAUCACAAUACCAAGAUUUAAUGAGUAAAAUUAAUGAAUUGAAUAUAUUACGUGAAAGUAAUACAGUUCUACGUACUGAAAAUAAGAUAAAUGUUGAGAAAUUAAAAGAAUAUGAAAAAUCUAUUCAAAAUUUAACAUCUCAAAUCCAACCUUUGGAAGAUCAAUUACGAAUGCUUCAAGCAGAACAAGAAGUAAAAGAAUCUCAAUUAAAAUUAACUCAAGAAGAUAACGAAAGAUGGAAAAAUAGAGUGCAACAGAUUUUACAGAAACAUGGGCAAACUGAUCCUGAUGAGCUUAAGAAUAUAAAAGAUAAAUUUGUUUUGCUUGAAAAAGAAAAUUCAAAGAUUUUACAGGAACAUCAGAAUGCCAAAGAAGAGAUUGAAAAACUUAAUCUUCAAAAUACUAACCUUGCAAAUGCAUGGAAAACGAAAUAUGAUCGUCUGAUAGCCCAAAGUAAAGAAAAAAUUCAAACAAUUAGAUCACAGAUACUACAAAAAACUCAAGAAUUAGAAAUUAAAACAAAAUCAGAAGAAGAGUUGAAAAAACAAAUAGCACAAUUACAAGAAAUUAUAUCUAAAGAUCAAAGAGUUAAUGUUCAAGAAAAAAACAAAGCUAAUAAAUCAGAAAAUUCUAUUGUGUCAUUUGAAAACGAAAAAAUAAAGUGGGAAGUAGAAAAGAAAAGCUUUCAAGAUAAAUUUCAAGAAGAGAUACAACUAAAGGAAAAAAUGUAUGCCGAAAAAGUAGCUGAACUGGAAAAAGUAAAAGAAACUAGUGAUCAAGAAACGAAAAAACUUAAAGCAAAGGCCCUUAUUUUUUUUAGAGAAAAAAAUUCAGCACUAGAAGAGUUAAAAAAAGCUAACACACAACUUAGUAAACUUCAGGAUACGGUUCAAUUAUUAAAGGAUUCUAAUACAGAAGAGUUGAUUAAAAAAAAAGUAGAAGAGAGAUUAUCAGAACUAGAAAAAAAUAAAAAUGAUGAAAUAGAAUUACAAGUAAAUAAUCGUAUAAAGGAGUUACAAAAAGGUCUUGAAAACAAAGGAGAAAAAACAACUCAAGAUAUAAAAUUAGAUGAAAAUUUUCCAAAAAACCUGAAUAAUCAUAACAUAGAAACUAUUAUUUAUAGUCGUAUUGAAAAAGAAAAGGAGCAAUGGAAAGAAGAUCAUAAACAAGCCUUAUUAGCUAAGGAAGACGAACUUAAAAAAAUACACGAAGAAAAAUUAAAAACAUUUAUAGAACAAACUAAAAAAAAUUCAAAUACAACACUAAGAGCAAAUCCAAUGAAGGAACAAAUUGAAAAAAUUUUAUCAAAACGUUUAUCAACAGAAUUAUCUAAAGCUCAAUCUAAAUGGGAAAACGAAACUCAAACCAAAAUAAAAGAUGCAUUAGAAAAGCAAGAACUUCAACUUAAAAACAAACAUACGCAGGAUAUCGAAAAUUUGAGAAAAGAGAAUGAAAUGAGAAAUAAAUUAAAAUUAUCUGAAGCAGAAAAACAAAUUUCAGACUUAAAAAAUAAAAUAAUAUUAUUAGAAUCAAAGAAAACAGAAUCUUCCCAAAAUUUAACUGAAAAAUCUAAUGACAAUCUAAAAGAGCAUACAGAAACUAAACCUGAUCUUAUGGGUUUUAUUAUUCAACAUUUUCCUCAAAAAAGCGAAAUUGUAUCAAAAGAUCCUAAAAAACAAAUGAAACUUGAAUAUAUACAAAAAGAUACACCUUCACAAACAGAUCAAUCAAUACCUCUUCAAACGGAUAAACCUCUUGAACCAAAUAUUGAAUCCAAUAUUUCCGUUUCUACGACUAAUAUACAAACACCGAAAGAAAUAUCAAAUACAUCUGAUAAUAUCUCUGAUAAUUCAACUUCACAUAAUACAAUAGCUCCUUCAAAACCAUUGUCUGCUACUGCUGCAAAAUUUGUUCCUACUAAACGUAUUAGAGAAGAAGAAGGUUCUGUUAUUUCUGAAACUCCACCAACAAAUUUAAGAAAACGAAAAAUAAAUGAAAACCCUGAUCUUAAUGUCGAAAAAGAGUCAUAAUUAUUUAUAAAAUA